AUGCCGUCCCAAAAGUCAUUCCGCACCAAGCAGAAGCUUGCGAGAGCCCAAAAGCAAAACAGACCCAUCCCACAAUGGAUCCGUUUGAGGACUGGUAACACCAUCCGAUACAACGCAAAGAGACGUCACUGGAGAAAGACUCGUAUCGGUCUUUAGAUGCAUUACCUUUCAACAGCAAAACAUUCCAUCUUCUCCUCAACCUCUACCCACG